CUUUUCCCAGGGCCCCCAGGAGGUGACCCCACCCCGGGGCGGGGGCUGUAGUGGUGCUGGAGCAGAACAUUCCCGGUGCCCUCCAGCGACAGCCUCCCGGGAGCUUCCCCUUGUCUCGGUUACCAGGAGACAGAGUCGCAUUCCAUGGGCACAUUCGGCAGCUUCCGAGCCUGCUGGGACGGCCCCGCACCUCCAGCCAUGGCGUAGGGCCGUCCCUCGGGCUGUUCCCGGCGCCAGGGGCUCACUCUCAGGGCCAGGAUGCCGUCCCUGCCGCAGGACUCGCCCGCCGCGGGACUGGGGACGGGGUUCCCCGUGGUGAGGGGCCCCCCCUCCGAGCUCAUAGGCUUUUAUAUCACCACCUACGAGGCGGCCUUUGGGAAGAGGCCCACGGGGUCACCCCAAAAGAUCGAGGGGUGGCGCGUUUUGGGGUUUGAGCCCCCCUGUGAAAGGAGCAUACACCCCCUCCUCGGUGUCCACACCGGCUCGGGAUACGUCACCAACAACUACUCGGCUCUCUGGUCCCUGAUCACCCCGCACGUGGAGCGGCAGGACACCGACGUGUCCACCACCUUUGAGGACUUCAAGGUCUUUGGGCAUCCGGAUUUCCAAAGGAUCUUGCCCCGGUGCGUGGAUGAGCCGGAGUGUCGGUAUCCCACUGGCUUCUCCUUUUCCCGCCUCCGUUUUGGGGAGGUGAGACCUCCAAAAUCAUCCAGAGAAAAUAGCACCUGGAGCCACUGCGCCAGUCCUACCCAGCCAGAUGUCCCACAGAAGGUGACGGAGCUGUCGAGCUUCACCGGGACCGCCCCAAGGAGCAACCUCAUCCUGCCCGAGCAGCCCAUGAGCGCCGUCCCCACCGUGUCCCCCAUUCCCCUCAGCACCCCAGGGGACACUUUUCCUCUCCCACAGCAUGACGUUGAUGAUGCUUGGAUGGAUUCAUUUCCCGACACGUGCAGCAGCACUUACCAGCCUGCCAUGGGUUACCCCGCCCCCUUCGCCCCGCCGGAGCUCCAAGUGGGACCCAAGGGAGUCACUACCAGGAAGGAGCCGUUGACAUCCAGCACUAUCCAGAACCAGUACCUGAUCAACCUCUCACAGCUGGCCCCUAUAGCACCAGGUGAGUUUGGGGAGGAUUGCAGCCCCCAGGAGGAGUGGACACCCCCCUCACCAAUCCCUCCUGGAUUUUCCAGGCUGGUGGGCGCAGACUCCGAUCACCUGGGCACCGAGAUCCGUGGAGGGCAUCCAGAUCCCAAGUCCCAGUGGCUUCAGCACCAACAACCGCCCCACCAACCUGUGGCACAUCAGUGACCCCCUGACCUGAUACCCCAAAAAAGUGCUGCCACAUCCCAGGAGUCCCAUCCUUGGCUCUUCCCAAAUCCCCGUGGGAGGAAUAAAGACCCUGCAUGAUGCCACUGGA